CAACCAACACCAUCUCCCCCAAUCUUCUCACCGGAGAAUAACCAACGCCGGCGAGAUAUUCAGAUCCUACCUACUUUCUCUAUUUCUCGGUACAUUCCCGUUGGAAAUUCUUUGGUUGUGUGUAUCUUUCGGCGAUGGUUUCUCCGGAGAACACGAAUUGGAUCUACGAUUAUGGAUUGAUUGAUGAUAUUGCGGUUCCCGUUGGUAAUCUCCUCACUCCGGCUUGUGUAUCCAGUUGGCCCAUGCAGGCUGCGUUGAAUGGUUCAGCUUCUAACCCUUGUGUGGAACCAGAUGGCUCACUUGUGGAUGCAGAUGGCUACAAGGAAACUGGUUCAAAAAAGAGGGGCAGGGCUGACCCUGGCAGUAGUACAAGCUCCAAAGCAUGCCGAGAAAAAUUGAGGAGGGAUAAGUUAAAUGACAAGUUUGUCGAAUUGGCUUCGAUCCUUGAGCCUGGGAGGCCCCUUAAAACCGAUAAGGCUGCUAUUUUGGUUGAUGCUGUGCGGAUGGUGACUCAACUACGAACCGAAGCCCAGAAACUGAAAGACUCGAGUUCAGAUCUCCAGGAGAAAAUCAAAGAGCUGAAGUCUGAGAAGAACGAACUACGGGAUGAAAAGCAGAGGCUAAAAGCCGAGAAAGAGAAGCUCGAACAACAAGUUAACUCGAUGAACACCCAACCGAGCUUCAUGGCUCCACCACCUGCUGCAUAUCCAGCUGCAGCCGGAGGCCAAGCGAUGGGCAAUAAGUUGGUUCCUAUUAUUAGUUAUCCAGGAAUGGGUAUGUGGCAAUUCAUGCCGCCAGCCGCUGUCGAUACAUCACAGGAUCAUAUGCUUCACCCACCAGUGGCUUAAUUUGACAAUCAAGCAGUUUGUUUGUCAUUCCUUUGACUCUUUUUAGGUUUUCUGUGUGUAAUUUGAAGUUGUUGACGAUAUAUGGUAUCAUACCUUUUAAGUUAUACCAAUUAAAAUAUUCAAUGUUUAUGUUUGCUA